AUGUUCCAUCAGUUUCGUGUGAAGCCCGAACACCAAGCCUUUCUCAGGUUUUUGUGGUGGGAAGACGAAGACUUCACGCAACCCCCAGUUGACUUUAGGAUGAAAGUCCAUUUGUUUGGAGCUGUUUCAUCGCCAGCAUGUGCAAACUUCGGCUUAAAACAACUUGCCAAGGACUACAAGCACCUUGGAGUAAAUGCUUCAGAAUUCUUGAAAAACAACUUCUAUGUUGAUCAUGGGUUGAAGUCGGAACAAAGUGUAGAAGCUAUGAAGGAUCUCAUUCACAAUGCUGUUGAGAUCUGUGAAAAGGGUAACUUGCGGCUACACAAAAUUAGUUGUAAUAAUUCUGAGGUAAUGUUAAGUCUACCAGAGUCUGAAAGAGCUAUUGUAACACAGACUGACCUUGAACCCAGUCAGAAGAGUUUUUCGCCAGAGAAAGGUUUUAG